CCUCAGUGUCUGCUCAGUGUCUGAACCUGAACUCCUCUUCUCUCCUUAUAAAGGUCUGUACUAUUUGCACUAAUACUAAAAUUCAAGCUGUAUUAUGUCUGUUCUCAUUUUGUCCUCUCAGUUAUUUUUGUUUUAUUUUAUUUUAUUUUUUCCUGCGUCUUAAGGUUGUUUCCUACGUUUGUUUCUGAAGGGUUUCAUGCAGGAACACAAAGUGGACUGAAACUGGACCAGAACAGAAAAAAUGGUUCCAGUUAAACUCCUCGUACUGGGAGCUCAGAACACGGGAAAAACAGGUAGAAGAAAAACUUACACACUGAUGCGCUGAGAAUUAAAAAAAACAUGUUAUCAUGAAGGUGUAGCAGCGGGAUGGGAAUGUGUCAGUGCACAUUUUGGAUUAUGUAACAGCAGCAGACGUUAGACCUCCCGUCACAUGAUCAUCACUUGAACACUGUUGUGUUUGAGGUUAAGUUUGGGGUUAAGUUUUGGUCACGGUUUAGAGGAUUUGCUAAAUAUGGAAACCUCACUCUGGUCUGCAGUUGACCUCACUUUGAAAGUCUUAAUAGGUUUGAGAUGAAAUCCUUUAAAGGAAAACAGAAAUGAUGGCGUGAUUAAACAAAAAAGCCUGAAGAAAAUCUAAAGAAAUUCAUAUAAUUUUAUAAAAAAAAUUUCAUUUUGAAUGGAGGUGUGUGUAUGCUGUUGUGUUUCAUUAGCUCUUAUUUUCCCCCCUGUUUCUGGAGUUUGAAAGUGAGGAUUCAAACUUUGAUUCAUCAGCCCACAGGACAGUUUUCCUCUUCCUCUCAGUCCAUCUUAAAUGGGCUCAGGUCCAGAGAGCUCUCUGGUGUUCCUGGAUCAGGUUUUUAUCUGUUUUCCUCUUUGCAUGGUUCAGUUUUAACCUCAUUUGUCGACUCAGUGAUGAACUGUGUUCACAGACGAUGGUUUUUGGAAGUGAUUUUGAGUUCAUCCACUACAGAGUUCUGUCUGGUUUUAUUGCAGUGCUGCCUACAGGCCUUGAGAUCAGGACCAUCCAGUCUUGGUUUUGGUCUUUGUCCCUUUAGUACAGGGAUAUUAUGUACUGUAGAGGGAAUUAGGUUUUAUUUCAACACUAGAUCAUCAAUACUAGAUUAGACUAUACUUUAUUAUCCCACUUCAUUCAUUUUUCAGACUGUACAUAUAGACACAUCAAAUAGACAAGAUAGGUCAAAGACAGCACAUUAUGAGACAGUCAGACAUCCCCACCACCCAACCAGAUAACAACAAUGGACAAGAGACAACAGAGCAACCACACCAUCAACAAUGGACAGUCAUUCAGCGUGGUCUGCUGUUUAGGGCAGCAACUGCUGAGGGGACCAGGCUUUUCCCAAAGCGUGCUUUAUUCCACUUGUAUGUCCUGUAUCGUACCCCAGAGGGUAGAAGGGGGAAGUGGCGGUAAAGUGGGUGUGUGGGGUCCUGUUCUAUUGAGUGUGCAAUGCGGGUGAUGGCCAGGUUAUUGUGUUCCAAGAGGUUGGGUGUGCGGAGGCCGAUGAUCUUGCUGGCGAUGGUGGUGACACGCAAGAGCUUUGCCUGGUUGGGUUUUGACAGCAUGUGGUAGAAGUAGAGUACUUGAUGUAGGUAGUAACAGGCGAGGGGCUGGUGCAGUAGUUCAUGAAUAAUAUUAAUUAUACUAAUAUUCCCUCGACAAUUGUUACACUUGAAACUCUUACCAACAACAAUAAAAGUGCAAUAUUUAUCAUACACCCCUAAUUAUUUAUCAAUCAUGUGCAAUAUCAAUAUCAUCAUCAGCAUCCAUACCUGUUUUUUGUUGGCACUGAUCUUUUUAUAUUUUUCUUAUACUUGUCUUUAAUACUGUUCUUUCUUUUUUUACACGAGUUCUUUAUCUCAUUUAUUUGUUUUUUUGUACCCAGUGUGAAUGUGUGUGUUGUGUGUACUGCUGCUGAAAUCUAAUCUAAUCUGAUCUUAAAACCUCCAGCUCCACCUGAUUCAAAUGAUCAGCUCGUUAUAAAGCUCUGUAAUGGCUUAAUAACGAGCUGAUCAUUUGAAUCAGGUGUGGGACAGUGGGCCUCGAGGACUGGACUCGAGAACCACUGUUUUAUAGGAUCCUGUGUGCACAUUUUUGAUUACGUUUUAUAAUAAAUCUGAACUUAAUACGUGAAGGUGCAUAUCGUCCAGCUCCUACAAGCCUUAAAAACCCUCUUAAAGUGUCGGUCCUAAAUCCAGUGUCAGCCCACUCAGCCGUCAAACAAACAUGAACCGGACCAGACCCUGUCCUCUAAAACAGAGAAAACACUUCUACGUUUAUUUAAAGAAAGCAGGAACCGUCUCUAAGAGGUCUCUAACACGUGAGGUUCAUAAACAAAAGUGUAAAUCAAACUUUAAAACAGGAGAACAGUCCGUUUGUCAGACAGUGUUUCUGGCUGAUGGUUCUCUCUCUGUCUGUUUCAUGUCUCCAGCUCUCUGUGUUCGCUUCAUAACCAAACGCUUCAUUGGAGAAUACGACCAUAAAAAGGGUAAAAUACUCGAGACAAUAAACAUUAUAAACAUGGAAAUAAAGCUUUAAAAUUCAUGACUUAUAUCGAUCUUUCUGUAGCAGGAUAAAUGUGUUAAACAUGUGUUUUUGUUACAGAGAUGACCUACAGGUGCAGUCGACUUGUAGAUCAGGAGUCAGUGGAUCUGGAGAUUUUGGAUAUCGCUCGUAAGGUAGUUUUGGUCUAUAUCUAUAUAUAUAUAUAAUGUAUAAGUAUGAGAAAAUUAAAUGUUCAACACUUUAUUCUAAAUAAAUAACUCAUCUCAAAUUGAAAGUUUUCUGAAUAAACAAGAUAAUUUAUCCAGUUAAUUUGGAUCGUAAUUCUGAGAUAUUUAAUAACAGACAGGGCAGGAUUACCCCUCAUUUCUCCUGUUGCAUGUAUUUGCAUAAUGCAUUUGCUACAUCUUAUUAUCAGAUGCAGUCAAUGAGAUUAAGCCAACCGAAUGCUCUACCACAUUUUUCUUGUGAGAAAUAAAAUGUGAUUAUAAUUAAUGUCAUGAUUUUCCUCAGGAGGGCUCUGCGGCGUCGUUGGAGUCCUCAAUCCGCUGGGCAGACGGUUUCCUGCUGCUUUAUUCGAUCACACAUCGCCUCAGCUUCGUGGAGGUCCCUCGGCUAAAAAAACUUAUUGAGCAAACCAAACAGAGUCUGGGUGAGAAACAAAUUCAGUCCAUUCAGAUACUUUCCUAUUUGAGGGGGAAAAAAUCUCUUUCAGCAAGUUUUUGUCUUGGAAUCAGUCAAUAAACCAGUUUUCCUUUCUUCAAAUGUCUCUUGACACCAACUAUGCCUCCAGAAAUAUUUGAAAAUACUGUUUAUUUGUUUCAAAUUUGUUCCUAAAAGUUGUUAGGGAAACAUUAUAUAAGCUUACUUUUUAUUUCUGGUGCUGCUGAAGAACUGAAAAAGUUUUCGAAUCUGGAUCGCAGUAACUUUCAUUUCCACACAUGGACAAAAUCCCCAAAUUUUAAAGAUCCUUUUGAUCUUGUAGUCUAUACUAGAAAAAAAAAGAUGAUAUAAAUAAUCGUGAAAAUGUCCCAAAAAUGUGAGGAAUUGAAUCAGAUGUUUGGUAUUAUUGUAGUCUUAACAACUUUAAUGCCAAAGAUGUGCAUUAGUUUAAAAACUUUGUCUUCCAUUUAACACAUGAUAGAUAUGUGAUAUCAAACUGUUUUAAUUGUUUUCUGCACCCACAUGUUUUAACAGUCCAUUCUGUGUUUCUAUCUGUAAAACUCUUCUUGAUAUACAUUUAGCAGAAAACUGUUUACAAGUUUAAUAAGAAACAGCUUGAAUCCUUCAGUUUCAAUGGGAGCAGUGUGUUUGCAUUGAUGUUACAUCUGCAGAGUGUCACCUACACACACACACACACACACACACACACACACGGUGCACAGAAGUAGCAGAUGUGCUCUCCAUACUUGGUAAAGUGUCCUGGUGUCUGUAGUUAACAUCCUGAUAACAUCGACUUUUAACUGCAGGCUUCUGCUUUAUUGUCACCUAAACUCAUGGCAUGUGCACGUGUGCUUGUGCCUAUGUACUUGUGUGUGUGUGCCUGUGUACUUGUGUUUGUGGCAGUUGUUCCCACAAUGCUGGUGGCCAAUAAAGCAGACCUGGAAAUCGGCAGACAGGUGACUACAGAGGAAGGACAGAGACUGGCCAAAGACUUAAGGUUUGUGUGUUUCAUCUAUAUACAGUCUAUGGUGUGUUUCUAUCACAGGUUCCUGUCUGAAAAGUUCCUGAUCUGUCUUAAACUCACUGUGGAUUAUUCUUAUAACAGCCGUUUCACUUUUUAAAUUAGGUAAGAGAGUUUGUGUUUUUGUGUUUAGGUGUGGUUUCCGGGAGCUAUCAGUAGCAGAAGCUGUCUUAGCCGUGGAGGCAGCCGUCUUUCAGCUCAUCAGGUGUGUAUAACAACUUCACACUUUGCUUUAAUCAAAAGAAGUUAAAGGUGACAGACAGAGAAAAAAUGGUUUUAACGCCACAGUAGAGCCUGUAUUUCACCUUUGUAUUUCUUAAUUCUAUGGAAAUUUUAACAGGUUGUCCAUAGCUGUAUUCACAAAUGCACACAACACCUCAAUUCUCGCCAGGAUUUUCAGCUUAACUGAAUUAGAAAGAGUUAGAAGGCCUCCAGAUGUUCUCUGUAUGUUCUAAAGACAGCUGUGGAAAAUCCCUCAAAAUUCAGAUGGUCUAAAUAAAAAUAUUGCUCAUAAAAAUUUCCUCAUAUAAGAUCUUGGUUUUUGUUCUGGGAAUAUUGGUCAUUUCGUUCUAACCACCAACCAGAAAACCCCUGUGUUUCAGAGUGUGUCACUGAUUUUGACUCUGCAUGGCAUCGGCAAAAUGUUGAAGCUUCUCAUCUGUCACCUUUUUAAUCUUACCUGCAGAUUCCAGAUCCCGUAACCUCUUUUUUUUUUUUUACUUAUUGUCUUUGGUAAAGGUUGGUGUUGGAUCAGCAGCGGCCCCUGCCUGAUCGUCGCUCCUACAUGCUAAGUGUUCGUCAUGCCCUGACCCGGAAACUGACCCGAUCCAAGACCAUGCAGUGGUGACUUUUGUGUUCAAACAGCAGCUAUAACAGUGAAUUUGAGUGGACUGUCUGUUUUCAGUUUGAAAGACACUGCAGUUUUAUUUUUUCAACAAUUUGAUCAGUUUUAAUCCAACUUAAUCUGAUCGGCCUGUCAUACUUUUGUGUCAUGCAGCAUGAAAGGAGAGAUCCCCCUGAGGUUGUGUUUGCAUUUUACUUUGGCUGUUUAUUUUACCAGCAGAGGGAAGUAGAGUGUAAUGUCACAGGAGGUAAUGCUAACACAGAUUUCCUUACAAAAAAUCUAGCAAACGCGAGUGCCUGCCCUUGAAGCGCUCCCAUCACUCAUCCCUGAUUGGUCCUGCGGACUCGGCCCAUUAACCAAUCAGCAGCCGGUUCCCCUAGUAUCAACAUCUGACCUCAGUUAAAUAGCAUACAGCAUGAGGAGGGUGACACUCUGCAAGACAGAUUUUGUGUGGUACACUUUUUAAAUUUAUUUCUAAAUGUUUGGUUUGUUUGUUUUUUCAGCUUUGGAUGUGUUUUAACAUUAAAAUCAUUUUCUUGUUUUACCUCCAUCGGUCUUAUCGCUGUAUUUGCAUCAGUUGGUCAUGCAGUUGGCUUGUUUCUGGAGGUCUGUUUCCUUAUUUCUCUCAUGAAACUUGGCAACACUGUCUCAAACUCUAGCCUCCCUCAUAGCAACAACACCAGGAGGACUGAACAUAAAUCGCUCGCUAGUAUUGCCCGCCUGUUUCCACGUGUUGCCUUGUGUCUCUCUUUUGUUUUGUUUUGGAACAGUGAAUUAGAGUAUCAGUUUAAUGUUUAAUUGUAUUUGAGUCUUCCUUAUUUUUGUGCACAUUGUCUAAGUUUCCAAUUCUUGAAGUUUAUCUGAUUAUUUUUUGU